CAUGCGCACCCACCGCCUCCCGGCCCUCCUGUACGCGGGGUGGGCCCUGCUCCAGGCGUGCACCGCGACGGUGGCCACCGUCCCCUUGUGGGCUCAAGGGCAGCCCUCGUCGCCGUCCCCUCUGGCGUACAUGCUGAGCCUCUACCGCGACCCGCUGCCCCGGGCCGACAUCAUCCGCAGCCUGCAGGCUCAAGGUGUAGAGAUGGAUGGGCAGAAUUGGACGUUUGCUUUUGACUUCUCUUUCCUGAGCCAACAAGAGGAUCUGGCAUGGGCUGAGCUUCGGCUGCAGCUGGCCAACCCCGUGGACCUCCCUGCAGAGGGCCUGCUCACUAUUCAGAUUUUCCACCAGCCCAAGCCAAACACAGAGCAGCACCCAGCCGCCUGCCUCGAGCGUCUUCACAUGGAGCUGUUCACUGUCACACUCUCCCAGGUUUCCUUUUCAUCAGGCAGCAUGGUCCUGGAAGUGACCAAGCCACUCUCCAGAUGGCUGAAGGACCCUGGAGCACUGGAAAGGCAGAUGUCCAGAGUGGCCAGAGAGUGCUGGCCGCGCUCCCCCAGCCUACCUGUCACCGUCUCCGUCACGGAUGUGUUCCUCAUCCUCUACUCCAACCUGUCCAAGGAGCGGAGACGGCUGGGUGGUGCCACUUUACUGUGGGAAGCAGAGAGCUCCUGGAGGGCCCAGGAGGGACAGCUGUCCCAGGAGAGGGCCAGCAGGCACCGUCGGCAUCACUUGCCGGACAGAAGCCAGCUGUGUCGCAGGGUCAAGUUCCAGGUUGACUUCAACCUGAUUGGAUGGGGCUCCUGGAUCAUCUACCCCAAGCAGUACAACGCCUACCGCUGCGAGGGCGAGUGUCCCAACCCUGUGGGCGAGGAGUUCCACCCCACCAACCACGCAUACAUCCAGAGUCUGCUGAAACGCUACCAGCCCCACCGUGUCCCUUCCACGUGCUGCGCACCAGUGAAGACCAAGCCUCUGAGCAUGUUGUAUGUGGACAAUGGCAGGGUGCUCCUGGAGCACCACAAAGACAUGAUCGUGGAGGAGUGUGGCUGCCUCUGACGGAGCCCGGCAGAAGACCAGAUUUGCCUGCACUCCUAGUUUGGGAAGCUCCCAGGAGACACAGCAGCAUCUACCCAGGGAGGAGAAACAGAGGGAAGUGGCUCUGCAUGCCAGGGCCAAAGAGGAAGGGCUGCCCGCUCUGCUGGGUCCACCAAGCCCUUCUCCAGAAGAACGGGUGGGAGGGGUCUCGCGCGUGAGCUUCCCCUCACUGAAGAUGGUGGCGAGCAAAAGCACAAGUGCAAGAGUUCUUUACCUGAUUUUUUUUCUAAUUGUUUUUAACUUGAAAUUGUGUGCAAAGUUGGGGCAUAUGUGCAUUUACUUCUGAGGUGGGGCAAAGCCAUCUAGCUUUUGUAUAUUCUUAAAAGUGGUCCACAGUGGACUCGCUGUCUCCUUCCUAAAUGUAAGCAUCAUUGUGUGAGAUCAAAACCUACUUAUUUGGCUGUUGUUGCUGGGGAUGGGUUAACCAAGGCCCCCACAUCUUUUUUGCUGGCUAGUGGCAAUCUGCCGUCCCUGGCCAGAGGCUCCCAGGAGGGGUCUCUGCUAAUGAGUCACAUAAAUAUAUAAAGUCAUUGUCUAGAUCUCCCAGAGAGAACUUCUCCAAGAGGACUGGCCACACUGGACUACAUUUGCUGGGGCCUUCCGAUGUCCCCAAGUCAGUCUGCUUGGCAGACACAACCCAAAUCUAUUAAAAACAUGGUGACAAUUGA